GUUGAUUUCUAAUUACAGGAACAACCUUUUCUUCUACUAAGAAUUUCUCUUACAACAACAAAAGGCUUCAGGAACAACCUUUUCUUCUAUUAAGAAUUUCUCUUACAACAACAAAAGGUUUCAGGCCAUGGCAGAAGAAGAAGAUAUCUAUACCAAGGAUGGAACUGUCGAUUAUCGGAAUAAGCCUGCAAAUAAGAACAAAACAGGAACUUGGAAGGCCUGCCCUUAUAUACUUGGGAAUGAAUGCUGUGAAAGAUUGGCAUAUUAUGGAAUGAGCACCAAUCUCGUGGUUUAUUUUAAGACUCAACUCAAUCAACAAACUACAACGGCGUCUAAAAAUCAAUCGAAUUGGUCAGGGACCUGCUAUGUCAUGCCUUUGCUUGGAGCAUUUCUCGCCGACUCUUAUCUUGGAAGAUACUGGACUAUUGCUAUAUUCUCAAUCAUCUAUGUUUGUGGGAUGACAUUAUUGACAGUAUCAGCAUCAGUACCCGGGCUAAGGGCAACUUGUUAUGAAAAAAAUCAAUGUCACUCGACUGAUAGUCAAACAGCAGUAUUCUUCGUUGCACUCUACUUAGUAGCACUGGGAACCGGAGGGAUCAAGCCAUGUGUCUCAUCCUAUGGUGCAGACCAGUUUGAUGAUGCUGAUCCUAUCGAGAGGAACUACAAAAAUUCCUUCUUUAAUUGGUUCUACUUCUCCAUCAACAUUGGGGCUCUCGUUGCUUCUUCGUUGAUAGUCUGGAUACAACAGGACAUUGGCUGGGGAUGGGGAUUUGGUGUUCCUGCUGUGGCUAUGGCAUUUGCUGUUGUAUCGUUCUUUUCAGGAUCUCGGCUCUAUAGAUACCAAAAGCCUGGAGGAAGCCCUUUGACGCGUAUAUGCCAGGUUGUUGUGGCUUCUCUUAGAAAAUGUCAUGUUACAUUGCCUGCCGAAAAAUCUCUGUUAUAUGAGACUGCAGAAGCUGAAUCCGCCAUCAAAGGGAGUCGCAAACUUGCUCAUACAAACGACUUGAGGUUCUUCGAUAAAGCUGCUGUGAAAACAGAAUCGGAUCAGAACAGAGGUUCAAUAAACAAUUGGAAACUUUGCACAGUGACACAAGUUGAGGAACUCAAGUCUGUUGUCAAGUUGCUACCUAUUUGGGCUACUGGGAUUAUCUUCAGUACAGUGUAUGGCCAAAUGAGCAAUAUGUUUGUGUUGCAAGCCAUGUAUAUGGAUACACAUUUAGGCAAAUUCAAAAUCCCCGAGGCUUCGUUAUCUGUUUUUGACACCAUCGCGGUUAUUCUAUGGGUUCCUGUCUACGAUAGAAUGCUUGUACCAUUCGUUAGAAAGUUCACAGGUCACAAGAAUGGAUUGACUCAACUCCAAAGGAUGGGAACGGGGCUGGUUAUAUCUGUCUUUGCUAUGGUAUCUGCUGCACUCGUGGAGGUAGUUAGGCUUGGGAUAGUAAAAAGGCAUAACUACUAUGAUAUCAAGAAUGACAUCCCAAUGUCAGUAUUUUGGCAAAUUCCUCAGUACAUGAUAAUUGGUUGUGCUGAAGUUUUCACAUUUAUCGGUCAGUUGGAGUUCUUCUAUGAUCAAGCGCCUGAUUCAAUGCGGAGUUUGUGUGCUGCCCUCUCUUUGACAACCACCGCGCUUGGGAGUUAUGUGAGCUCGUUGUUAGUGUCCAUUGUCACGGAUAUUAGCACGAGGAAUGGGAAGAUGGGAUGGUUACCAAACAAUCAAAAUUACGGAAAGCUUCAUUAUUUCUUCUUCCUAUUGUCCGCUUUAAGCGUGGUAAACUUCUUCAUUUUCCUCCUCGUUGCAAAGAGGUACAAGUACAAGAAGGCAAUCAACAAGGACGACUCUGUUCCAAUAGUGGAUGAUGAUGAUGACAACGACAAGCUCGUUUCGUGAUGUGUGACAUAAAUUGGGUUUGCCUUGUGCUAAUUCGAACAUUUUAGACAUAAAAAAGUAUACCUAUUAGACACUUUUAACUCACAUGAUAUGGAGCGUGUGAUACAUCUAAAAGUGUCACAAGUAAAGAUCUAGCGCUAGCUACAAAUCCGUAUGCUUAUAAGUUAUAAUCUUAUAGUUUUAUCUUAUGGCUACAUUCUUCUCUUUGAUUGCAAUAUGUGGUAACCAGAGCUAGAGUGAGGUUCGAUCGAGUUAGUAAUUUCGAUCGAAUUUAUAUUUAUCUUAUAAAAUUCAUUAAAAACAUGUACAAAUUAUUAACUUAUAAACCAAUAACUUAAGAGGAAUAUUAUAUAAAAAUUAUUUAUUCAAUUUUAAGAAAGAUUUGGAUAUCAUAUAUUUGUC